UGUUGCUAUGGCUUGUAUCAACUUGGCCUCCAAGAUUGAAGAAGCACCCCGGCGAAUACGAGAUGUCAUCAAUGUUUUCCACCAUCUGAGACAGAUGAGAGUCAAAAACGACCAGCUACAUUUACCAAAGCCUGGGUGAUGUGGAAUGGUACGUAAGAUGAAGCAGUCGGCAUGACAACCAUGAUGCAAGGGGGUCACACUCCUCCCCCAGGCACACCCCACCCCCUCCUGUGGGAGACACCCGUGGUCUGAGCCACCGCGGGGCACUGGGAUCGGGGAUGACAGGACUCCAAAUCCACUGAUACUUGAUCAGAACUACAUAAAUACCAAAAACCAAGUGAUCAAAGGGGAGCGACGCAUCCUGAAGGAGCUGGGCUUUUGUGUGCACGUCAAGCAUCCACAUAAGAUUAUCGUCAUGUACCUCCAAGUCCUGGAAUGUGAACGGAAUCAGACACUGGUCCAGACGGCCUGGAACUACAUGAAUGAUAGCCUGAGGACGAAUGUGUUUGUGAGAUUCCAAGCUGAGACUAUUGCCUGUGCGUGCAUAUACCUCGCUGCCCGAGCUCUGCAGAUACCCCUGCCAUCCAAACCUCAUUGGUACCUGCUGUUUGGCAUCACUGAAGAGGAGAUUAAGGAGAUCUGCAUUACCACAUUGAAACUUUACACCAGGAAGAAGCCCAACUAUGAACAGCUGGAGAAGGAGGUGGAGCGGAGGAAGGUGUUUUUGGCCGAAGCUAAGCUGAAGGCUAAAGGCUUGAAUCCUGAUGGUACCCCUGCUCUGUCUACGCUGGGAGGUUUCUCUCCUGCUUCCAAGCCCUGUUCUCCAAGUGUUGUCAAGGUAGAUGAGAAGUCCCCCAAUGCGCAGACACUCAAGCCAGUGAAGAAGGAGCCAGAUAACCGGACACAGGUCAACAAGAGCCCCCACAAUGGGUUAAGGAAAGAAGUGAAGAUUGGGAGGAACAGCAGGAGUGGAAGUCGAUCCCGUUCAAGAACACGUUCCCGAUCUAGAUCUCGAUCACCUCGUAGACAUUACAAUAGCAGACGCAGUCGCUCUGGGACCUACAGCUCUCGCUCACGUUCUCGCUCCCACAGUCGUAGCCCUUCGCCUAGGAGGCAUCCGCCCUCGCCAUCUCUCCCUCACCUGAAGUCCAAGACGAGCCACCACAGCAAUAGCGACUCCAAGUCCAGUGGACGCCAUAGCAACAGCGGAGGUGGAGGAUCUGGCCACAAGAGGAAGCGCUCCUCUCGUUCUCGUUCACGGUCCCGCACUCCGGUCAAAGCAGACAGGGACCGGGAAAGGGAGAGGGAACGAGACAGAGAGCGCGGCUCCUUUGACCUGGCUACAAAGAAACACAAACAUGAGCGAGGGGGACAUCGAGGAGACAGAAGGGAGAGGUCUCACUCUUAUGACCGGGACAGAGAGAGGGAGCGCAGCCACAAGAGCAAACACCACAGCAGUAGUGGACACUCAGGACAUGGUCGUCAUCGGCGCUGAGACACACGUGUAUAUAUUUUCACUCCCAACAGACUAGCUCCAGGACUGAUGGAUACUGACAUGUUUUCAUUAUACUCAAAACAAAAUCAAAUCUGUCAUGUUCCGAGUGAAAAAAGUAAAGCUAAUAUUUGCAGCCUAUCAGAUGCUGAUAUGUCAUGGGGCUAAGUGACCAACAACUGUCAAAGCUAAAUGCUGCACAUCUGUCAGAGAACAUGCCAAGUUUGAUUUAAUUUUGUGUAUUUAACAGCUGUCAUAGUUGGUUGACUGGGUUCCUCACGCGCAUCCUUAAACUGACCAUUAAACCAUGAUUUACAGGAAUUUUCCUCAGCCAUGAUCUGUUGUCUCAAGCUAAAUAACAACUGUAGGACCACAAGUUUUUGUCGUGAUGGAAAAGUUAAAUUAAUCUUGACAUUGGAUGCAGUAAAUGUAAACACUUUUAAAUUGCUGCUGCAUGUACAAACCUUUUGGUGAUGUAACAUUUGUCUCUGACUCUUGUCUCCACAGCAGGGCUGUGCAGACUGUGGAAACCUUCACCAAUUAUCUGUAGCUGAUAAUUGGUGAAGGUUUGCAUCAGAGGAAUCCAGGUGACGGCAGUAACAACCAGCGUGAUGAGUGCUGUUUAUGCAUUUACAUGUAUUGAGCCUUUAUUUUCUUCUUCACCCAGUUUUUGAUCAGUGGUUGAUGGGGAGGCGUUGAUGCAGCGAGACGAUCAGUCCGGGACCUGUAGGUUUUUAUUUCUUCCCAUCAUGCCCUCCUCCACACACCUCUACCAUCCCUCUAGCUUACCCUUAUGUCUUUGGUUUUACAUGUAAAGGUAUUGACUUGGGGCGGUUAAAGGAAACUUAUUUACAGUGUAAAGAUGGAUCGAUAUCCACUGACUAAAUGUGAACGCUUUGAUUUAUAAAAGUGAAUUUCACAGUGGAAAGAGUGAAUGAAAAAAAAGUAAAAUAAAAGCGGAAAGCAUUCAGGAAAGAUCAAUAUGUUUGCACAAUAUGUGACUGGCAGGCAAUUUUGUGUUUAAUUUGCUUUUGUUUUCCUUUAUGGACAGAUGCAUGUUGCUCAAGCUGUGUUGUACAGUUUCAAAAAAGCAAACUGGUUAUGUUUUUGGGUUUUUUUUCUUAGUUUUUGUUUUUUUUACAGCAGGGGUGCAGACUUCAUUUCAGAACAUUUUAGGGUUGUCAAUUUGUAACACUGGUUUUUAGUCUGCACGUGUUCAUGUCCAAUUUUUAUUCGAUAAUAAAUGAGUUAUGCCACUGA